AUGCCGGUCUUCAAGACCCCCUUCAACGGUUAUUCCGUCAAAUUCAGCCCAUUCUACGAAUCCCAGCUCGCGGUUGCCACCUCCCAGAACUUCGGUAUACUCGGAAACGGCCGCGUCCACGUCCUCCAGUUGAACCCCACUAUCACUGAAAUCAUUUCCUUUGACACCGCCGACGGUGUCUACGACCUUUGCUGGUCGGAGUCCCAUGACUCCCUCCUCAUCGCCGCGGUAGCUGACGGUUCUUUGAAGAUCUAUGAUCUCUCUCUGCCGCCCACCUCCAACCCUAUCCGCUCCCUCCACGAGCACGCUCGGGAGGCCCAUGGCGUGGACUUCAACACCGUUCGAAAGGACUCCUUUUUGAGUGCCUCCUGGGAUGACACGGUGAAGUUGUGGACUGUGGACAGGCCGACGAGUGUGAGGACAUUCAAGGAACACGCUUAUUGUGUGUAUUCCGCCGCUUGGAAUCCCCGGCAUGCGGACAUUUUUGCUUCUGCUUCCGGGGAUUGUACCGCGCGCAUUUGGGAUGUCCGUGAACCAGGGUCUACCAUGAUUCUUCCUGCCCACGAGUUUGAAAUCCUAUCAUGUGACUGGAAUAAGUAUGAUGAUUGUAUCAUAGCAACUGCAUCAGUUGAUAAGUCCAUUAAAGUGUGGGAUGUAAGGAAUUAUAGAGUGCCGGUGGCAGUGCUUAAUGGGCAUGGUUAUGCAGUGAGGAAGGUGAAGUUCUCGCCUCACAGGAUGAGUGUAAUUGCAUCUUGUUCAUAUGAUAUGACAGUUUGUCUAUGGGAUUAUAUGGUUGAGGAUGCACUUAUUGGAAGGUAUGAUCACCAUACAGAGUUUGCAGUUGGUGUCGAUAUGAGUGUGCUUGUCGAGGGGCUUUUAGCUAGUACUGGAUGGGACGAGCUUGUUUAUGUUUGGCAACAUGGGAUGGACCCAAGAGCGCCUUGA